GGAGGCGGGUCCCCCCCGGGCCCGCUUGGUGCGGCCCGGGGCGGGGCCGGCGGUGGGGAGGCUGGAGCGCAGGGCGGCGGCACAGUGUGCAGAAUGGCGUACCCCGGGCAUCCUGGCGCCGGCGGCUACUACCCAGGCGGGUAUGGAGGGGCUCCCGGAGGACCUGCGUUUCCAGCACAAACUCAGGAUCCGCUCUAUGGUUAUUUUGCUGCUGUAGCUGGACAGGAUGGGCAGAUAGAUGCUGAUGAAUUGCAGAGAUGCCUGACCCAGUCAGGCAUUGCUGGAGGAUACAAACCUUUUAACCUGGAGACCUGCCGGCUUAUGGUUUCAAUGCUGGAUAGAGAUAUGUCCGGCACAAUGGGUUUCAAUGAAUUCAAAGAUCUCUGGGCUGUGCUGAAUGGUUGGAAACAGCACUUUAUCAGUUUUGACAGCGACAGGAGUGGGACAGUGGAUCCUCAAGAACUGCAGAAAGCCCUGACCACAAUGGGAUUUAGAUUAAGUCCCCAGGCCGUGAAUUCAAUUGCAAAACGAUACAGCACCAAUGGCAAGAUCACCUUUGAUGAUUACAUCGCCUGCUGUGUCAAGCUGCGUGCUCUUACAGGUAUGGCCUCUGAGGUUGCUGUUAAUUGUAGUAGCCAGCAGAAUCACUCUGUUCUCUCAGAACAUUUUUUCACAUUUCUAAGCAAUCUGCCAUUCAAAUCAUCCUUACUCAACUUUGCUAAAAUGGUCUAAAAUUUCACAAGCUAACUGGUCUGUUUUUGGUCAGAGUGUGAACAGUAUCCUGUGAUUUCUCCCUAGACCGUGAAACACUUGAGAAGAAUGAAAUUAUCCUUUGGUAGUUUCUCUUACCUAAUUCCUCUUGUUGAAAAGUAAUGUAAAAUAAUGGUCUCUGUCUCACAUGUGCUUCUUAAGCAAUAUCAAUAAUCUCUACUUUUCUCUCUCUAUUCUUUUUCUUUCUUCUGCAUGUUUUUUUUUUUUUACUCCAUUCCUCUCUUUAGUUUUUUACCCUUUUUAAUAUCUGGUUUUAUCAUUUUUUUGCACAAAUGCAAAGACAUAUUUUUAAGUAAAUCCUUUUCAUUUAAUAGGACAGAGCUCAAAGAGGUGGAAUAUUUAAAAUGAUCACAGCUGUUUGUCCUACUAAAGACACCAUCCAUCUUCUAAUUAAACAAUAAGAAGUCUGAAAAUCUGUGCUUCCAUUAACAAUUAAGGAAUGGGGCGUUCCCAUGGUGGCACACUGGGUUAAGGACCUGAUGUUGUUUCUCUGAGGUUGUGAGUUCAAUCCCUGACCUCGCUCAGUGGGUAAAGACUCUGGUGCUGUGGUGUAGGCCUCAACUGCAGCUCCGUCCAACUCAAACCCUAGCCCAGGAAUGUCCAUAUGCUACAGGUGCAGUCAUUUAAAAAAAAAAAAAAAAAUUAAGGAAUGGCCUGAGAAGUCACAUG